CCAUAUUUAUAAAACCUUCAGGGGUUACCCAGAUGAAGUUUGUUGGCCUGCCAGUCAGUAGAGACCAGCUGAAGUCAGCUACUUGUCCAACAUCUGUACAGGAAGCCAUGAAAUCUGUGGCAGAAGAUGAGAGGGAUGGGCCAAAGUCAGAACUAGAGGGCUUGCUUAUUUCUGCUGCACCUAUUGCUUCCACCUCUUCCAGCAAACUGGCAUCUAGUGGAGAGUCAGACUUGCAUGCAACUGUCGAUCUGUCAUCAGCUACACAGAAAACACAUGACACCUCCAUGUCUGCUGAAGUGGGCAACAAAUCUGAUCAAGACAGCUGUGCAAAUUCAGUCCAGAAUGACCAUUCGUCGUCAUCAAGCAAAGAUUCAGGUCAAAAAGCAAGCAUUGAAAAAAGUGUACAACAACUAUCUUCAAGCUCUUCUGUUGUGAGUUUCUCAGCCGCAACACAAUUGACCUCAUCAAACACUUCCAGUAAUGACGAUGCAUCUCCUCUGGUUGAUCUUUCUGCACCAGGAGUUUCCAGUAUUAUGGCUGAGCUAAAGCUGGGUGAUAGUGUGCCAACAAGUGACACAGCAGAAUUUUUGUCUAGCUGGACUUCAUUUGACAACUCGUCUGUUUCCAGAGCUCAACUGUGGCAUUACAACCCGGUAAAUGGAGAGUGGUCAGCACAAACAACAUUGGCACAUCUGGGGCCAAUGCUCAAGACAGACAGAAAAGGGUCAUUCCGUGAUGCAUUCUUUGUUAGCUUCUUACAUCAAGAUGAGCCUUUGGGCAGGUAUGUGGGAAAACGGUAUCGCCGACAGAGGGAGCCAAAGGUUUAUACGAAGGAUGUUGUUUGUCAGAUGGAGGCAGUUCUUUAUGUCACCCUUUUUAAUCAAGCUCUGCAAAAAUGCACUGAUGAUAUUUUGAAGAUCCAAUACUUGACAGCUGCCCAUCUUAAACUUCUAAAUGCUGAUGGCAAAGUUGUUGACUGGAUCAACGUUGAGCCCUUCUUACAAGGAAGCUUCUUGAAAUUGACCAACAACCUUCGCUAUGUCUCACCAGAUCUAGACAAUGAAAAAGGUGUGGAAGUGGCUACAGCCCUGUCUCAUUUCUCAUAUGUCAAGAGUGGCGGAGACCUCAUGGUGGUCGACCUUCAAGGAUGGCUGCCAACUGACAAGAAAGGGGUGGUGUACCUCACAGACCCUGUAUUCAACACUCGCUACAUCGAGAAAUAUUCUACAAGUGACCAAAGGGAGGCUGGCAUGCAAGCAUUCUGGAAGCAUGUUCACCCAAAAUGUAAUAAAAUCUGUCGCUUUUUGCAGCUUGAUAAACUAAGACCAGAUAAUGAAACAGCUACAUCUUGAUGGUAUCUGAAUUAAGGUUAAGGUACCUUUUGGUGGCAGCUGUGUAAAUGUCUGUGCUACUUGAUAAGUAGGCAUGUUUUGUCUAAAAAAAAAUAUAAAAAAUAAAAAACUUUUUGAAAACUAUUUUCUUUUAGGAAUGUUUAAUAGACUGUACAACACACUUCUGGAAAUAAUGUGGAUAAAACCAUG